CUGCAUCGGCAUGAUACUACACUAUCUUUUCCACAUACGUUUCUCAGGAGCAGGGUCUAAUAGGCACAAGCAUACUGUCUUUCACCCCUAUCCCCAAAAUCUAUACAUCCGCUCAAGUCCUUCACUCCCAUUGUUGAGCACCCGACUAGCACGGGGAUACACAGUCUUUAAGUAUAUAAGCAUCUAUAUCCCAGAAAACAACACUGCAAUGCACAUCUCCUCUCUACUCGCACAACUUCCAGCUGCAAUCGAGAACCAACCGCCAAACUCCCAUCAGCUCGAAAAGAGAUUCAACAUCCCCCUUACAGCCAACCAUGAACCGCUACCUAUCCACUAUGUUCGCCCGCGCAACCACCCACUGUGCCCUCUUCAAGCCUCUCCCCAAACCUCUCCCCGAACCACCAACAUCACCAACCUCCUCUGCCCCUGGCCCCUACCGCGACUCCCGCCGCGACUGUAACACGCAAUUCAUCAUGUUCCCGGGCAUCUCCACCAAAGACGAAGAGCUCGUGGACGCCGUCACCGCCGCCGUGAUAAAACACAUGGCGCACCCGAUCUACGACAACUCGCACGACUUCGAGCACGUGCAGCGCGUCGUCAAGCUAGCCGCAGACAUCUACCAGAGCGAAGUCGCGACGAAUCCGGAGUGCAGACUCGAUCCUCUGACGAUUGUGCUGGCGUGCUUGGUGCACGAGAUAGGGGAUGCGAAGUAUAAGACGUGGUUCGAGAGCCUGAGCAAGAUAUACAUCUUGUUGACGAAGUGCGGCGUGCCCGAGGCGCUGGCGCACACUUGCCAGUCUAUCGCGCGCCUCGUCAGCUAUACUUACGAGACCCGGCACCCGGCCGAAAUCGCAAGCUUCUUGACCGCGCAUCCGGAGCUCGGCGUUGUGCAGGACGCAGAUCGGCUCGAUGCUCUCGGUAUCGUGGGACUGGGUAGAUGUCUAGCGUACGGCGGGGCGGAGAAGACGCGGAGGAAGCAGACGAUUCAGCGCGCAUUCCAACUGAUGGAUGAGCGGUUUGUACAUUAUAAGGAUAUGAUGAAGACGCCGUGGGGGAGGGAUGAGGCGCACAGGAGGUGGGGGAGAAUGGAGGAGGUGAGGGAGGUGUGGAUUGGGGAGACGGAUGUGGCGGGGAUUUUGAAGUGAGGUUGACGACUGGGGUGAAAAGUUCUGAGCGUGGAUUGAGAUUGACGAUGAGGGGGUUUAUGAAAAACGGGACGUGCGAAGGCGCGUUCUUCAUGCUUUCGUGCGUAGUAGACUCGGAAAAAGUAGACC